AUCUCGACGAUUCUAUCAGCAGUCAUGGAUGCUUCGACAGUUUCAGAUGCUUCAAAGAUGGAUGAGGUUCAUGCAAAUCCGUUCUACCUUCGUCUGAACAAAAACCCAUCACUCAUGCUUACUUCAUUGGUGCCGACAAAGAGGGAUUAUAAUAUAACUGGUACUCAGGUUACGGUUAAUUCUCAAUGCAGUGUGUCUGAGGAAUUGCCUGUUUCUUUCACCAGAGAUCAAUAUCAUAAAAUUUUGGCUCUAUUUCAGCCUCCAACAUCUGUAAACAAUUCAGAUACCUUACCUCAAAUUAAUACACUCCCUUCUAACCUUCAAGUCACAAAAUUACGAGGCUGUAAACCAACUUCUACACCCAUGGUUCCUUCUACCAAGUUGACGAAACAGGAUGGUCCUCAUCUUCAGGAUGCUUUCUUAUACAGGCAGCUCAUUGGUAAGCUACUUUAUCUUACCAAUACUCGACCUGACAUUUGUUAUUCUGUUCAACAGCUUUCUCAAUUUCUAGAUGCUCCUACUCAAACACAUUUGCAAGCUGCACAUCAGAUUUUGAGGUAUCUUCUUAAAGGUAUUCUGGGUCAAGGCAUUUUUUAUGCGGCUAAGAACUCUUUGCACCUUAAAACUUUCAGUGACUCUGACUAAGCAACUUGUAGUGAUUCUCGCAAAUCCCUUACUGAACUCUGUGUAUUUCUUGAUGAUUUACUCAUUUCUUGGAAGACCAAGAAGCAACAAA